GGGUCUUUACGCUAUGCACCGGUUCAUAUGUUGUCCUAAGUAUUAUAUUGUAAAACUUUAGCUUUACCUUAGCCAGCAUUUUAGUUUUAAAUUUUUGAUGUUCAACGUUUUCGAUCCGCUCGCGGCUCUAAGCGCGUGCAUGUAUGUCAUCGCCAUGUCAACGUCAAGUGGCUGACAUUGGCAUGAGUUUGCUAACUUCUGAUGUGAUGUCGUCGUACUAGCAAACGUUAGCUACAGACAAACUGCUUUAAGAUGGACAUUUUUCAGAAAAUCGAGAAGAUUGGCGAGGGAACAUAUGGUGUUGUUUAUAAGGCAAAAAAUAAAGUAACAGGCCAAUCCGUAGCGUUGAAAAAGAUUCGCCUUGACGCAGAUACUGAGGGCGUGCCAAGCACCGCCAUAAGAGAGAUAUCACUUCUGAAGGAACUGAAUCAUCCUAACAUAGUGAAGCUUCUGGAUGUGGUCCACACUGAGAAGAAGCUGUACCUUGUGUUUGAGUAUCUGAACCAGGACCUGAAAAAGUACAUGGACUCCUCCCAGCCCUUGGGCCUGACCCUCCCUCUGAUUCAGAGCUACGUGUACCAGCUGCUGCAGGGCAUCGCCUUCUGCCACUCCCACCGCGUGGUCCACCGCGACCUGAAGCCCCAGAACCUGCUGCUCAACCAGGCCGGGGCCAUCAAGCUGGCGGAUUUCGGGCUGGCCCGCGCGUUCGGGGUGCCGCUGCGCAGCUACACGCACGAGGUGGUGACGCUGUGGUACAGAGCGCCCGAAAUCCUGCUGGGCUGCAAGUACUACUCUACCGCCGUGGACAUCUGGAGCAUCGGCUGCAUCUUCGCAGAGAUGGUCGCCAAGCGUCCCCUGUUCCCCGGCGACUCGGAGAUCGACCAGCUGUUCCGGAUCUUCAAGAAGCUGGGCACCCCCAACGAGGGGGUGUGGCCCGGGGUGUCGCAGCUGCCCGACUACAAGUCCCGCUUCCCCCGGUGGGCCCCCCAGGACCUGUCCAAGAUCACCCCGAAACUGCAGCCCUCUGGACUGGACCUGCUGCAGCAACUACUGCUCUACGACCCGUCCCAGCGCAUAUCAGCCAAGGCCGCUCUGACCCACCCCUACUUCCAGGACAUGGGGAGCUGAGUGUGAGGAGGGGUGGGGGCUCCUGCUUGGUCCUGCCGCCCCCCCCCACCACGCGACACCCCCCCCAGGCUGAGGAGGGCCACGCCACGCUUGUGCAUUUCAGGUCCUUUGUUCUGUCUGUUUCGCUGAGUUUCGGGUGCUCUGAAAGGCCGUCGCUCGCUCAGGGGGCCUGUCACCACCCCCCGUGGGGCCACAGGAACCCACAACCCUGCGUCCCCUCUGAGCGACCGAUUCCCUGUUCACCGUGAGCUCGUGUCCUUUCCUGUGGAAUGUGAGAAGGUUUGGACGUUUCUUUUUGACAUAACGGGAGGUGGUUAAGAACAGUUUGUUUGUUGGUUUGCUUGUUUGUCCUUUAUUUAUUGUUGAAGUUCAGAAGUUAUUUUUUUAUACUGCAUGGAAUGACUAUAAAUGCAUGCCAGUUUUAACUUUGAAUAAAAUUUCCGCUUUGCUGAUUGGUUA